AGUCGGUGAUAUGCCAAACUUUUUUCCAUCGUCGACGACAUCAUUUAACACUUGGAAGUCGAAGAAGACACGCCAAGCUCUCAAACUGGAUUAUACGGUAGCAGAUAAAUAGGCCGGAUUUUUUGGAUUUACAGUACAUGGUACUGUAACGACUUGGAACGAAAAAGGACUCUUCUUUUUUAUAAGUAAUGCAAGCAGCAGCGAUGGAUGAAUCUAACGUAGUGAACGAAACUGUUCAACCCCAGGAAACAACCCCAGCAUUUAGCUAUGAUGAUCUUUUCCCGGCUUUACCCCAAAAUACUUCGGCCCCAAUGCCAAGUCAAGCAACACCAGCAAGUAUGCGUGUUGGCAGCUCGGUUGUAGCUCAAGUAUUGCACGUACCCGGCGAGGAAAGAAAAUCCACCGAAUCUGAAAAAUUCGGCGAAGGAGAAUCAAAGCGUAUUUGCCAAAAUAUUACCAAGGAAACCGGAGCCAAUAUUGAGAUAUCGAGUGGCAAAAACCAAUCGCUAACCUUUUUAAUUAAAGGCAAGCCAAGCGAAGUUCUCGAUGCACGUCGCAAAAUUCUCAUUCAUUUCCAAACUCAGGCCAGCAAAACAAUUGCCAUCCCCAAGGAACACCAUGGUCUUAUCUUAGGCAAAAAGGGAGACCGUCUACGUGAACUUGAGCGUUUGACAGCGACCAAAAUCAAUGUGCCCAAUAUUGGUGAAGAAAGUGACACCAUUACCAUUUCGGGAACAAAGGAAGGCAUUGAGAAAGCCGAACAUGAAAUUUGCACCAUGUCUCAGGAGUACUUCAAGAGGACAUUUGAGAGAAUUUCUGUUCCCAAAAUCUAUCAUCCCUUCAUUGUGGGACCAAGCAAUGAAAAUCUCAUCAAGUUGUGCGAAGAAACUGGCGCCAAGAUCAAUGUGCCACCACAAAACGUACAAAAGGAUGAAAUUGUUAUUGCCGGUGAAAAGGAUUGUGUUAUGGCAGCCAAGGCUAAAGUAGAGGCAAUUUACAAGGAGAUGGAAAAGAAGUGCUCCACUGUAAGCGUUGAAGUAGCCAAAGCACAACAUCGCUACGUAAUCGGUCCCAAAGGAUCCACCAUUCAAGAGAUCUUCCAACUUACCGGUGUCUCUGUUGAAAUGCCACCAUCUGAUUCGCCCGUCGAAACAAUCACGCUGCGCGGUCCCCAAUGCGCCUUGGGUAAUGCCUUAACCGUAGUCUAUGAAAAAGCCAAUUCGGUGAAAUCCUUUGAAAUGGAUGCACCCAACUGGAUUCACAGGUAUGUCAUUGGUAAAAAAGGUGCCAACAUGAAAGAGCUCGAAAUUGAUUGCCCCAAUGUAAAUGUCAACUACUUGGACAACAAGAUCAAGCUCGAAGGCGAUCCAGAACGCGUCGAAAGGGCUGCUGCUUACCUCGAUAACAUUAUUAAAAACUAUUUGGAAAACUAUACCUUUGUUGUGAUGACCGUGAACCCAAGCUACUACAAGCACAUUAUUGGCAAAGCUGGCGCCAAUGUGAACCGCCUUAAGGACGAACUGAAUGUAAACAUUAAUAUUGAAGAACGUGAGGGUACAAACAACAUCCGUAUCGAGGGACCCAAAGAGGGAGUUGCUCAAGCCCAACUCGAACUACAGGAAAAAAUCGACAAGUUGGAAAAUGAAAAAUCCAAGGAUGUCAUUAUCGAUCGUCGUCUGCAUCGUUCUAUUAUUGGAUCCAAGGGUGAGAAGAUUCGUGAAAUCAAGGACCGCUACCGUCAGGUGACUAUUGUGAUUCCGUCACCAAACGAGAAUACCGACAUUGUCAAGCUUCGUGGACCCAAAGACGAGGUUGACAAAUGUUACAAGGAUCUUAUGAAGCUGGUCAAGGAGAUUCAAGAAUCCUCGCAUAUCAUCGAGGUGCCAAUCUUUAAGCAAUUCCACAAAUUCAUCAUUGGCAAGGGUGGAGCAAACAUCAAGAAGAUUCGUGAUGAAACUCAAACUAAGAUCGAUCUUCCAGAUGAGGGUGAUACCAAUGAAGUCAUCUUGAUUACUGGCAAGAAAGAGAAUGUUAUCGAAGCUAGAGAUCGUAUUCAGAAAAUCCAAAAUGAAUUGUCGGACAUUGUUACCGAGGACGUUCAGAUAUCGCCAAAAUUCUACAACUCUUUGAUUGGAGCUGGUGGCAAGUUGAUCUCUGCCAUUAUGGAGGAAUGCGGUGGUGUAUCGAUUAAGUUCCCAACCAGCGAAUCGAAGAGCGAUAAGGUAACUAUCCGUGGGCCAAAAGACGAUGUUGAGAAGGCCAAGAGUCAACUUUUGGAAUUGGCUAGCGAACGCCAGUUGGCUUCAUUCACUGCUGAAGUACGUGCCAAACAACAACAUCAUAAAUUCCUUAUCGGCAAGAAUGGAGCUUCAAUUCGAAAGAUCCGCGAUUCUACUGGAGCUCGCAUCAUUUUCCCCAAUAAUGAUGAUGAAGACAAGGAAGUUAUUACCAUCAUUGGAAAGGAGGAAAGUGUUCAAGCAGCCAAGGAGCAGCUAGAAGCAAUAAUCAAGGAUAUUGAUCAGGUGUUUGAGGGUGAGAUUGCCGUCGAUCCCAAAUACCAUAAACAUUUUGUUGCCAAGAGAGGAGAGAUUCUUCAUCGUAUUUCGGAAGAGUGCGGUGGUGUUAUGAUUUCUUUCCCAAGACCAGGAGUCGAUAGCGACCGUGUAACACUUAAAGGUGCCAAGGACUGCAUUGAAGCAGCCAAACAACGAAUUCAAGAGAUUGUAGCCGAUCUAGAGGCACAGGUAACUAUUGAAGUCGUCAUUCCACAAAGGUUGCAUCGUACCAUUAUGGGCGCUCGUGGUGCCAAGGUGCAAAAUGUAACAUCCGAGUACGAUGUACAAAUUAAGUUCCCUGACCGUGAAGCUACCGAGCCAGUCGAAGGCAUGUUCAAUGGUGGCGACGAGGUGGUUCGUCAUUGUGACAUCAUCCGAAUUACAGGUCGUGUUGAGAAGUGCGAUGCCGCCAAACAGGCAUUGAUUAAUCUUAUUCCUAUUACCGAGGAGAUAAGCGUGCCCUUCGACCUUCACCGUUUGAUAAUCGGUCAGAAGGGAAGCAAUGUGCGUGAGUUUAUGAGUCGCUACGACGUACACAUCGAAUUGGCUCCACCAGAGUCCCAAUUAGAUCAGAUUAAAAUCACUGGUACUCCUAAUCAUGUUGCCGAGGCAAAGGAAGCAUUGCUUGCAAAGGUCGAGGAACUCGAAGGCGAUCGCAAGGAUCGUGAAUUGCGUUCUUUCGAACUGAAGAUCGAAGUCGACCCUGUCUAUCACCCGAAGAUUAUCGGACGCAAAGGUGCCGUCAUCAAUAAGCUUCGUGCUGAUUACGACGUAAAUAUUUCGCUGCCAAAACGCGUCGACGACAACCAGCAUGUCAUUUCAAUUGUUGGUUAUGAAGCCAAUGCCGAAGCCGCUCGCGAUGCCAUUUUAAAGAUGGUCCAUGAUUUGGACGAUCUGUACAAGGAGGUUGUUGAAAUUGAUCAACGAGUGCACUCGCACAUUAUUGGUCAUCGUGGACGAAACAUUCGCGCCAUCAUCGAAGACUAUAAGGUUGAUGUUAGGUUCCCAACAGCCACCGAUGCCAACAAAGAUGCGGUCACAAUUAUUGGCAAGGAAGAGGAUGUAGAAAAUGCCAAGGAGCACAUCCUGUCUGUCGCUGAGGAAUACAUUAGCAAUUUUGUCGACACACUCCCACCACCGUCCAACACCGGUACAAAUGCCAUAUUUGGCAACAAUACCGCCACCGAGAAUGGCUUCAUCCUUAAGGAUGCGCCGUGGGAACGUGGAAACAAAGGAGCAGCUCCAAAUACUCAAUCACAGGAAGAUUUUCCUGACUUUGGUGCACCAGCUCCUGUAUCUUCAGCUUGGGGACCUAAGGGCUAAAAAUCUAUCCUCAUUUCCCUCUACCUCUCCCCCCUGCUCCCCACUUCCUAUCCCAAUAACCUCAAACAUACUAAUAUACACCACACAAAACAACAACAACAAAGCCCGUAAAAAAUAUAUACGAAAUUCGUUCUUUCAAAAGAGUUCAAGAGUUCGCUAGAAAUACUAGAAAAAGAAAUGCCGGUCGGUUUUGCACCUCUCAAUCAUGAUUUUUUCUCCUUCGUCUUGAAUCCAGAUACUCCGCCAACAGUUUGUCACGAAAUUAAAUGUUUUUUUUAUAUAUUUGUUUUUCUUUCUUUUUCUUUUUUUAAUUUUCAAAUUUUGUGCAAUUUUUUACGUUAUAUUAAAAAAAAAUAUGUUUUUCUUUCCAAAAAAAAAAGUAAUAAAUCCCAAUCCUUUAUUUCUUCUUCUUAGUUUGUCAAUCUUAAUGUUAAGUUAAUAAAAAAAAUAAAAAUUAUAUUUCUUCAUUAAGUUAAAAAAAAAAAUAAUUUUAUCUAAACGAAAUUUAUAUACGAAAACACAAGUUUAGUAAUGUAAUUUAAAAAAUGAUAUACAAUUUAUUAUAUAAUAUAUACAAAUAUAUAUGAAAAAAAAAAAUUAAAAAAAAAAAAACUUUUUUCUAUUAAAACAAAAAGUAUAAAAAGUUAAAAACAAAAAACACGAUAAUAUUCUACAAUUAUUAUAGUUUUCAUGCUCCUGCGAGGUUACGUCAAAAAUCGAUUGGUUUUCCUUCUUCAACUGAUUUUUUUUAAAAUAUUAUUUUAAAAAGAAGAGAAAAAACAAAACAAAAAAAAUGCAAAAAAAAGUAAUUGAUAAAAAUUCGUUAUAAUGUAAAAUAUCUAUUUUCCUAUUCCGAAUGUGAGAGUAUGAGAAAAAAAAAAUUUAAAUAAAACACCACAUAAUAAAAAAUGAAACAAAAAAAAACUAUACAAUAAAUUAAAAUUAAACAAAA